ACUAUGGUAACGCUGUAUACUAUUGUGUUGCAACCACUGACGGCACUUUAGCGAGUUAACCAUAAAGACAACCGUAUUCCACCGUAUUUUACAACGACAGGAAAGUAACAGUAGUGUCUUCAGUUGCCGUCGAUCAUCUUCAUCCAUGAGCAGGUUUCUUGCCAGGAGACUAAAAAGUCUGGGUUUCCAAGUGGGGAUGUGCCGGAUAGAGACAAGUUCUUACCAAAGGAAUCCAUCAAGACAACACCAAGGUUUGGAGAACACACACAGUCGGCUGCACUGCCCGAUGACGAGCCGAAAAUGAAAGACUGGAGAAACGUUGCGCCCCCAGACUCAAAACUGACAGCUAUGCCUCUCCUGACACAGGGAACAGAGAGAGAACCGACCGAGGAAGAGGAUGUUGAGGAUGAAGACAUCACGGCACCAGUGGAGCUGAUAAUGGAGUUCCUCGGAGCUGCGGUGGACAGAGACUACCAGCUGGCCAGCAUACUGUGUCAGAUGAUUCUCAUCUAUGAACCAGACAAUCCUGAGGCCUCUGAGUUUCUCCCGCUGAUCCAGAGGAAGCUGUUGGAGGAGCAAGAGACAGAGCAGAGCACUGAGGAAAAAGAAGAAGAAGAAGACGAUGAGGACUCUGGGAGCGAUGAGGAGUCAUCUCAGAGCUCAAGCCGCUCCUCUUCAUCUUGCUCCUCCUCCUCACCCUUAGAUGAUGAAGAUAAUGAUGAAUAAAAGCAAGUAAACAGACACAAGCCGUGUUCUGCUUGUCACAUUUCCCCCUGAAAAUAACAGAGGCAACGACAGACACGGUGACCGGAUAUCUCUGCUGAAAAUGUAGAUAUUUUAACCCACGUAGCUACUACGUUGGUCUUAGUGCAUUUUGAAGAUGUUGUGACAAAUUGUAAAUUGUAUAAUUGUAUAAAAACAUUUUUCCUCUCCCUAAAAAAAUACAGAAAUCUCUCAUGUGAAAUAACCAAAGCUGCAGUGUGUAUGUGCUUUCAUGGCUUUCACUAUUAAACAGGCAGGACCCGACAAAAGGAUAAAUGAUCAACUACCAAUCCAACAUUUUUAACAUUACCUUUACGUGUUUGUCACCA